AGAGGAACAAACGGAGAAUAGAAAACAAGGACCCUUCCUUUCACCGGCGAAAGAAGAAAGAAUAAACUCAUUUGUAAGAGAACAGCAUAACAAUUACCAAAGCUUCCAAAUGACAGACACGUGGAAUGUAGCAAUCGACAAAGAACUGGACGGAUCUGUAGUAAGUGAAACUGUUCCAAAUAAAAGGGGAUAUCUUCAACGGAUAGCCGAUAUAGUAUUUAAGAGAAACAAGCCUUCAACAAAAGACAUCAUUGAUAAACAGCUUGCUUUAAAGGAGGAACUAAAGUUAGAUUUGUCGACAUUGGAUGACGAAAUAGAGGAUGAAGAUAUACCAGACACAUCAAGGACAUCAGACAGUGAAUGGUUCAGUAUUAGUUUAAGUGACACAGAAGAAACUCCAAGACCACAUUUAAGGCCAUUCUUUUCAUCAGUAUUAGAAGACACACAUGUUUCAACGAUUACUAGUAAAACAAAAGAUUCUGCAAUAGAAAUAGAAGUUGACUUUCAAUCCAAACCUAACAGUGGAUUCACGAGCUUUCGACAGUGGUUCUGUCAACUAUUUUGUUGUCAUAGCAAACCUGAUGAAGAUUUUGAACAUUGAUUAUAACUAUUUUCGUUUAUUGUUUAUUUAAUAAAUAUUUUAUUUUUGUUUAA